AGAUAACAUUGAUCACACUGUUGGUCUUCAUGAAAUACAGUAGCGGCUCAGUGCGCAGCGAAUGGUGUGAAAAAUGUGCGGAAUUUGGUUUUUAGUAGUAAUAUUCAGUUUGAGUACAAGAGCAACCUAUGCUUUUCCGUCACCUCAAUUAACGUUACCACUGUCCGUUUCGUUCGGUGACCAUUCAUUGCAUUUUACGCAAGAGCCUGACGGCAUUCUCUAUGUCCUUGCAAGACAAGAUGGGUCCAAUUUCACGACAAAAGUGCUCGUUGGGGGUCUCAAUAUUACGAACGAUGACGCUACGCAGUACUCAAUCGGAGACUGCACCACGGCCAGCGAAGCUUGCAUCAAGUUGAUCGGCAAUGAUUUCGCUAUCACUCUGAAAACGGACGCCGUUGACAGCGAUAAAGCUUCCGAAACUGUCAAAGCGUACGUGACCAGCAGCCUGCCAGAUGCUGAGGCAGGUUUCAAAAUCAAGUUGGAAGAUGGUGUACAGUGGUUUGGUGGUCCGGAGGCGAAAUACCAAUUAUGGCCUGUCCAGGAUGCCGUAUGGAGCGCCUCCUCCUAUCUGCCGAAAGAGGAAGCUGCAGUUGCGAUCGCCGAACCCUAUUGGUUCAGCAGUGACGGAACUUUCAUCUAUGUUACACCCCAAACAUCACUCUUCGUAGAUCAGAACAGCCGAGAGGCCGGUUACCUCUAUCUCUAUGCCAGAAACAUUAGUCCCUAUAGAGAGCGAGAAAUCACCGAUAUCGAAUAUACGAUAGGAAAAUACGCAGAUCCGCGAUCUGCUCAUGAAGCAGCAGCCAAACUUUUUUUCCCUCGGCCGGCAGGAAUUCCGAAUGAAACUAUAAUAGCAAGACCGAUCUGGUCAACUUGGGCGCGAUACAAAGCAAACAUCAGCCAAGCAAUAGUUCGCAAGUACGCGGAAGAAAUUAUUGCUCAUGGGUUCACUUACAGUCAAAUUGAGAUCGACGACCUUUGGGAAACUUGCUACGGCAGUCUUACUUUUGAUACCAGUGCCGCUAAAUUUCCCGACAUAAAAUCCCUCACUGAUGACCUACACGAGCUUGGGUUCAUGGUCAGUAAUUGGAUAACACCAUUUAUUAAUUUAAACUGUAAAGUGCCAUACGCAGAAGCGAAGGAUAAGGGGUACUUCGUGAAAAGCAUUGAUGGGGAACUGAACACCACUUGGUGGCAAGGAACGAGUGCGUCUAUCAUCGACUUUACAAACGAGGCAGCAGUCGAAUGGUUUACCGCAAGAUUAGCAGCUCUAAAAAAGAGCGCAGGUCUUGACUAUUUCAAGUUUGACGCUGGAGAGGCAUCAUGGGUACCAGAUAUCGCAAAUCUCACGGGUGAUGUUAGGAAAAGUCCCGGUAUAUACACGAGCAAAUAUGCCAGAGCUCUUGCAGCUUUUGGAAAUGGCAUUGAAGUGCGCACGGGUUAUCAAACCCAGGAUCUCGAUAUAAUGGUCAGAAUGUUGGAUAAAGAUUCAAACUGGACUUUUAACAAUGGACUGCCGACUCUGAUCACCACUUUACUAGUAAUGAACAUGGCUGGCUAUGGGUUUGUUCUUCCGGACAUGGUGGGUGGCAACGGAUAUGUCAAUGGCGAACUUUUGACUACCGAAUUGCCGAGUAAAGAGCUUUUCAUUAGGUGGCUUCAGGCCAAUACAUUCAUGCCAGUUAUUCAAUACUCUUUUGUGCCCUGGGAUUACGAUAACGAGACCAUAGAGAUCUGCGCCAAGUAUACCAAACUACAUGAAAAGUAUGCUCCGACUAUAAUUGAGGUGAUGAAAGCUGCAAUUUCCAGUGGAGCACCUGUCAAUCCUCCAGUCUGGUGGGUCGACCCACUGAACAAAGACGCCUACAACAUUUCAGACCAAUUUAUGUUGGGUGAAGUGAUCGUGGUUGCUCCCGUCAUCGUGGAAAAUGCAACUGUGCGAGAUGUCUUUCUUCCUGCGGGAUCAUGGAGAGACGCUAAUUACAACAAUAUGAUUGUGGGUCCAACGUGGAUCAAGAACUACCCCGCACCUCUAAAUAUCCUUCCAUAUUUCGUCGAGGAAAAUUAUUUUCAGAGUUUGGGCCACAGUGGUGGCGCAUGUCUUACGUCUAGCGUGAUCGCUGUCUUAGCUUACAGCAUCUUAGCUUUGUUUGUUCGACUAUUUGACUGAUAAUGUACAUCAGAUGAAUAUAAAUUCUAUAAAUCGAGGUCAAA